CUCAGUGAUCGUGUAAGCUAGAGGCCAAGACAUUCGCUAGUGAUUAAAUAAAAAAAACUACCGCACAUGUAAAUUACUCAGAUAUUUCAAAACGUCGGAAAUUUAAUUAUACGCGUUUUUUACUCGCUUAAUGUGGUUUGUUUACCAAAUACCGAGCACAGUGGUUGUAACAAUCAGCUUUAGACGAGAAAUCCAGAAUGUUUAGCGAGACUACGACGCGUACUUACCUUAGGCUUGAGCAGUUCCAUCCGCUGUUCACCACAGCUUUGGCUAGUGCGUCCAUGUUUUCCAAUGCAGAGCAUAGCAACGGUGAACGAAAUAUAUCAGCACUAGAUUUUCAUCUGAACAAUGACACCGACUCCGUCCUUUUGCUGGUUAACGAUGAGGGCUACCUCUCCUCGUACGGCUACCGCCGGAAUUCCACUGUUAUUACUUGCAUGAUUUGUGCUUGGGUUUUAUUGAUCGUAAGCGUGACCUUUUGUUGCUUUGCACAGUGUGGCAUUAAGAAACGAACUCAAAGAAUUUUUCAUGGCAGAGGGAAUGCUAGUGAGCAUCGGAUGGGCGUUGUACUAUGUAUAAGCACAAAUCGAGAGGAACGCUUUUGUUGAAGUAGGUUAAGAAGAACAAAACGUUGCAUUUAGC